CAUGGGCUUGCUGGGUCUUCUGACUGCCGUGGUGUCGAUGGUUGGAUGGUCACGGCUACGCCAAACUAGGCACGUCUCCAGACGUCAGACCCCGGGAGCCAUCACUUCUGAACCGGGCCAAUUGAAAGCAUGCGCUGUGCGACCAGUUUUGUGGACUUCUCCAUCUCAAGACUUUGAAGGGAUCCUCAUGGAUCCGGAAGAGAAAUCCUUCGAGGCUUUUAAAAAACUAGGUACUGAACUGCCGGGGCCUGUCUUAGGCAUUUCCAAUCCAGUAACCCAGCUACAGCCUCAUGAUGAAGCGAUCCGAGUUGUGAGCGCAAACUGACUCGGGUUAGAGAUGCUUAAAGUAAUUCCAUGUGAAU